AUUAUUAUUUAAUAAUGUAAAAAUUAUUAAAAUUUAAAUAUGUUCUCUGAAAUUUAAAUGCCGAUGAAAACUGCUGUCAAUGCGAUAUUAAAUAUUAGUAAUUGAAUGUAAAAAAAAUUAAUUUACCAUUGUCGUGGACUUUAGAGGGAAAAAACGAUUGUGAACAAAAUAAUAAUGUCGCAAAUCGAAGAAAAACAAAAUACGGUCAAAACGGAAGCCGCGGAUAAUAUUAAAAAAGAAAAUAUCAUCGAAUGGCCAAACAGUCCUCCUAGUAUUUACGAGCAAACGACACUGGUAACUAAAGAAGAAUUUAUGGAAUCUGAGAUUUCUUACAAGGAAGUCGAAACGUUUGUUUUAGACGAACUCGUCGACUCGUACAGUGGAGACGUUUUACCGGACGGAUGGACAAAGAUAUACCAUGGCAGCGGUUUACCGGUUUAUUUACACGAAGAAACUAGAGUCUGCACGUUUUCCAAACCGUACUUUCUCGGCGUUAAUAGUCUCAAAAACCAUCAAAUUCCCGUAACAAAUAUACCUUGCCUGGACUACAAAGAAAGGCUAAACAAAUUGUGUCCGUUAAAUAGCGAAGAUGACGACGAAAAACCCAAAACAUUGAGUCAUGAAGAAUAUCGAGAAUAUUGCAAGAAAAUAUUUCGGUUUAGAAAUAUUAAGUUCAUGCGUUUCAGUUCCUGGGAUAAACGUCGUGAAUACAUUCGGAUGCUCAAAGCCGAUCGAAGGCGUAGAGAUUUGCCGAAAGUCAAAGACAAAUCUCAACUGAUAUCUUUUCCCGUGCAAAACACGAUUGAUAAAAUCAGUGGAGCGGUUACGCCUAAAUCCGACGACCAAUGGAUAAUCAAUUUGAACGGUAAAAGUUACGUUAGCAUUCUACACGAGUACAUUCAAAGGGUGUUGAAGACACAGCCGUCGUACGAGUUCAAAGAGCUUGAAAACGCGAGAUACCCGUAUUUGGCCACCGUAGUGUUGGACGGCAUGCAGUACGGCGUCGGGAUAGGUUCCAGUAAAAAACAAGCCAAACUCGACGCCGCCAGAGCCACCCUCGAGAUAUUAUUGCCUUCGGUCAAAGACCGUAUCCAGAUGAACAAACGGCACGCGAUGAGCGAGCGACAGGGCAGCAGCAAUAAUUUCAGCGGCGCAUCCCUAUUCGACGAUCUCAACAUCAAAGACUCCAGGAUAUCGGAAUUUUGUGCACAAGCCGCCGAAACUAUGCCUUACGACAUGCUUCAAAUGUGUGUAAAGAGGAAUUUCGGAGAAGACACGACCAUAGAUUGUCAGAUGGACAGAAUGCACGGCUGUGGUUCGGAUUCGGAAAUAUUUUAUCGGUGCACAAUGUCUGUCAAAGAACACACGGCCACUGUUAUAUGUAAAAACAAGCGCGAGGGUCGCCAGAAAGGCGCACAAGCCUUGUUAAAGGUUUUACAUCCCCACAUCAACGCGUUUGGUUCUUUAUUGAGAUUGUACAACUAUCAGAAUUUUGGUAGCGGUUCUGAAAAAAAACUCGACGAACCCGGUUGCACUAGUCCAAAGCAGAACAGCGAACCCAAUCUAGAUAUCUUGAACAAACUAAAAGAAGAAAUGACCAAGUUGGAAAGAGAUGGAAAAAAUCUAAACAAAUGUGACUCGUAACGUUUGUUUUGAAUUUGAAAUGACAUCAUUUUUGUCCUUUCAAAGCGUACAUACUUUUUUUGAUUGUUUAGUUUUUUUAUUUAUUUUACAAAAUCACAGUGAAUCUCAGUUAAUAUUAUAAUAUUAAAACGACACAGAAAGCAAGAGUAUUUCUGAGUUUCUAUAUUAUUAUUAUAUAUAUUUCUAUAUUUUUUUUAUACACAUUUUUUUUAAGUCAAUAAUAAUAAUUAUAAUAAUAAGUGA